AGCCGUUGCCAAUUGUCAUCUCUUCUCUCUCCCAUCGGCCGCCUGAACCCUGACGCGAUACGACAGGUCCUGACAUGGACCCGACUGGGGAUGCCCAAGCCCCAAGGGCAAAAGGGGUCUGCUGACAAUUAAGUGAACAACGGUGGGCGUAAAAAGCAGCACGCCCUCCGCUGUAUCUUCCCAUCGAUGACUUUACCUCCAGAGCAUCAACGAGAUCUUUUGGCAAAGCUUCACAGGAGACGAACAACCAAACAGCUCAUUGCUUCCCCCCAUGUCUCUGUACCUGCCACCGCAUUUAAGCUCCUGAGGCAGGAAUCUCCUUUCGCACUCUCUUUGUCAAUAUCAUCGCUUCUGGGAUUGUAGCGCUAGAGGCUUGUGGGUUGCAGCAGGAUGCGUUGUAGUUGGAUUUGGUGUCGUAAAAUCUGAAACUUUCAACAUAUCGGCUUGGGGAACAAGCAGUGAAAGAUGAGGAAGCAUGGAUGGCAACUUCCUUAUCAUCCUCUCCAGGUGGUAGCGAUAGCUGUUUUUCUUGCUCUCGGAUUUGCUUUCUAUGUGUUCUUUGUUCCUUUCGUGGGGAAGAAGCUGUUUCAGUAUGUCGUAAUGGGGCUCUACACUCCUCUGGUUAUUUCUGUAUUCUUUCUAUACACGUGGUGUGCAGCAACAGAUCCUGCUGAUCCUGGCAUUUUCAAACCUAAGAAGUCUCUUAAAGUAGGGGACUACAGAGAACAAACAUUUUCCAAGGAGUCUAAACCAGAAGAUUCAACCAAGGAACUAAAUGCUGAAACAACCAGUGCAAAGCAACUCGAUGGGAGUGUCAAUUCAGCUAGGAAUGAAUUGAAUUCAGAAUUUGAAAGUGAACGAUUGCCUGGAUGCACUACCACAUUUUUGGCAGUAGUUUUGAGCUGGUGUGGCUUGUCUUUUCUGUGUAAUUGGUGUCAAUCACAAGAGCAGUCUUCUGAACACCAACUUAGUGAGCAAGGCAUGUUUUACUGCAGCCUGUGUGAAGUUGAGGUGUUAAAAUAUAGCAAACAUUGUAGAGUCUGUGACAAGUGCGUUGAUGGAUUCGAUCAUCACUGCAGGUGGAUCAAUAACUGUAUAGGAAGAAAAAACUACAAAUGGUUCUUCAUCCUCAUGGUGUUUGCUCUUCUCUUGCUUAUUCUGCAGUGGGCAGUUGGGAUACUUGUGCUGGUACUGUGUUUCCUUGAGCGAAAGCGAUUUUCUGCUGAAAUUGUUUCAAAGCUGGGCAGUAGCUUUUCUUUGGCACCAUUUGUCAUUGUGGUGGCUCUGUCUACUUUAUUAGCCAUGGUUGCUACUCUACCAGUUGCACAACUUUUCUUCUUCCACAUUCUUCUAAUAAAAAAGGGACUCAGUACGUAUGAUUACAUAAUUGCUUUGAGGGAGCAAGAUCAGGAGCAGGAGCAACAUGCUGUUGGUGGUCAGCAAAGUCCACAAAUGUCCCAAGUGAGCUCUUAUACUGGACUUAGCAGCACCAGUUCGUUCAAUGCAUUCCAUCGGAGUGCAUGGUGUACUCCGCCAAGAUUAUUCCUUGAAGAUCAGUUUGAUGUAGUACCCCCAGAAAUUGGCUCAUCUGCAUAUCAUACAAACAAGAAGGUGAUGGAGGAACCAGUCAAGAGGAGAAAUCCUGGAACAGUAAAAAUUAAUCCGUGGACACUUGCACGCCUAAAUGCUGAAGAAGUUUCAAAAGCUGCUGCCCAGGCAAAGAAGAGAUCCAAGAUACUGCAGCCGAUUGUUAGACGAGAAACUUUGCAGGAACAAGACACAGAAAGUAGUAUUGGUAGUGCCAGUGACAGAAUGACCCUGGGGUCUGAUAACUGGAGGCAAACUAAUAAAAGGGGAAUGGUUCCUGUGGAUCUUCCUCUUGAGCCUCUAGCAAAAAUUUCUGCCAGUGCAACUGACAGCAAUGCCAGUGACCUGGCUCCUGAGACAUCCACCAGUUUAGCACCUCUGCAGCUUGAAGCUAGGAAUGCUUUUGGACCAAACAUGCCAAUGCCGUCAGCCAGAGCAGUUUCCUCCUCCCCCGAGAGCAGUUUGGAUUCCCCUGAUCUACAUCCAUUUCGGAUAUCCUCAUCAGGUACCGAGGAAGUACAAGGCAUGAAUUCUUUUUCAUCUUUAGGCAAUGCUCCUCCCAAGGGUAUUCAGCUGUCAAGAUCAACCAGUGAUGGAUACGAAGCAUCUGGAGGUGAAGAUAGUGAUCGGAUUCCGUCAAGAAUCAUUCACAGAUCAUCAAAUUGGGCAAACAUUGUUCUUGGCUCCGAACAUAGUCAGAUAACAGAUGAUUUAAAAUCAUACCCUAGACAACAUUAAUGCAUCAUGCAUUUUGAAACCUAUGUUAAUCUCGGAUUGGAUUAGACUAGUUUAUGGGAUGGCCAUUUUUUUUUUGUCAAGGAGAUGGCAAAGGAUGGAAUCUACGAGCCUGGAUUUUGUCUCUCGCAAGAAUUAUUUGAUAUUGCAACUUGCAACUAUUGUUUGA